UUCGAGCCUUCGCUAACCCCGAGGCUAACGAAUUGUUUUUAUCCUACUGCAGCCACAGAAAGAUUGAGAUUAGGAGAAUCUCAACUCUGCGAGAAAAAGCAUCUCCAGCAGCUGGGGCAGACCGCAACUCCUCCUCUAAUCAAUCAAACAAAGGUUUCAUUUUCAGCUCUGAAUUUCGCAAGAAAACGAAAACGGUACAAUUCCUACUACUCCUAGUACGAGUUUCCUAUACGCUCGAAAGUCCAAACAAAUCUCACCUAAACCCUAUCAAUGAUGGGAUGAAAUGAAAUGGAGCGAAAGCGGCGAUGCUUUGCCGUGGGGGGCAAAAUGGCGAGGCCUCGAUCGCAGCCCCUCCUAAUGUUGACCACCAAUUUCCCUUGAGCAAAAAACUAAUGAUGGCGAUCAUGGAGGGCGUGUAAAUAAUUGCCCGUGUCGACCGAUUAAAGAAGUGCAAACAGUCAAAUAAUGAUGAGCGGGGUGGGUGCACAAGUUUUACAGCCAGGCAGGCACCUUGAGAAAGCGAGCAUAAACUAAUGCCUGCGAGGGUUGGCAAUGUCAGGGAUGCCUCUUUACGCCUGCUCCUCUGCUCUGCUAUGAGCGGUGCGGUGCGAUGCCAAGCAAGUAAGUAACCAGGGAGUUGUUACUAAAGGAAAGCAAAGGUAAACACCAUGAUUAAAGGGCUGUUAACAAAGGAAAGGUAAAGCGGGGACGAUUAAGGUGCCCUAACACAUUUUAAAGCUUAUUAAACAAAACAAAAACUGGCCAUGGAUGGCGGUGGUGCCUCUCUCUUCUUUCUCUCCCUGGUUAACCAUGCAUAAAAACUAGUAGGGCCUCUGGUGGUGGUGGUGGUCAAGAAGAACUAGUAGUAGUACUAGCAGUGUAGUCCUACAAAUGCCACAAGCCUUUGCCUCCACACUCCCUCUAGCUAUGUAAGCAUGGUCUAUGCGUCUCCCUCUUUUCCUAGCUCAUCUUCUUCCUACGCCUCUCGCCGGCACACCUAGCGCCACAAUCUGCAGCGGCCGCCCCUCCUUUUCUUGCCGUUUCUGUCCAUAGUCUCGCUGCCUUAAGAGCUUUUGCCCAUCGCAUUGCCCAUACGGCCCUGCCCGACCAGAGCACUUCGUCUUCUCUCCCGGCUGCCUCUCAGGUUCUUUCGGCCAGCGGAGGAAUCCAUUUGCUCAGCUUGUUGUUGGAGCAGGAGCCAUGGACAUGAACGAGAGCAGCGAGAAAGGGAUGGAGGGCAAUGGGUCCUCUGGCCCAGGCGGUGGCAUCCCCGUGGAGUGGCAGAGCCAAUUCAGCGGCGGCGGCUUCUCGGCGCACCAGCACCAGCAGCAUCCCCACAUGAUGGACUCCUUCGGGUCCGGCAUGUGGUCGGCGGCCUCGCAGCACGGCGCGGGGUUCCUGGCGCCGGUGCCCGGGUUCCUCCCGCCGCCUGGCCUAGGUGGCCAUUUCCCGGUGGACUCGGGCUUCAUCGAGCGCGCCGCGCGAUCGUCGUGCUUCGUCGGCCCCGGCGCCGGUGGCGGGAUGAUGGGCGCUGGCGCCUUCGGCGGGGCGGGCGAUCAGCAGAUGGGCAGCGCUUUCGGGGAGGGGUACUUGGAUCAUCGUAGGAAGGAAGGCGGGGACAAGGCCGAGCCGGAGCUCGCAGGGAGCGGCGGCGUGCCGAGCUCGGAGGCAGCCGGCGGAGACUGCUCGUCCAAAGGGUCGGACUCCAAGAAGAGGAGAAGGCCCAGCGAGGUGAUGGGAGGCGAUCAGGUUCAGUCUUCCAACGUGGCCGCUGACUCCGCAAACGAGAGCGCCCAGAGCAAAGAUAAAGGCGAGGAGAGCAGCCCGGCGACGGGGACGACGACCGGCGGCAAGUCCAAGGGGAAGGGUGCCAAGGAGAGCUCCGAGAAGGAAGACUACAUCCAUGUCCGAGCCCGGCGCGGGCAGGCAACCAACAGCCACAGCCUUGCCGAAAGGCUAAGAAGGGAGAAGAUCAGUGAGAGGAUGAAGCUUCUACAGGACCUUGUUCCCGGCUGCAGCAAGGUCACCGGGAAGGCGGUGAUGCUCGACGAGAUCAUCAACUAUGUUCAGUCCCUGCAAAGACAAGUUGAGUUCUUAUCGAUGAAGCUGGCGACAGUAAACCCGAGGCUUGACCUCAACAUAGAAGGGCUUCUCUCAAAGGAUCUUCUUCGCUUCCCUGGGGUGUCUUCGUCGUCGAUGGGGUUCUCUCCGGAGAUGAUGCACCCGCAGCUGCAGCUGUCGCAGCCGGGGCUGAUGCAGGGAGGCGCCGCCGCCAUGGCAAACUCGGACGUGUUCAGAAGAAUCAUGCAAGCGCAACUAGGAGCAAAAGAUGGAUCCCAUUCACAGAUGGCCCACGCAUUGAAUGGCCCGUUCAGCGAUCACGUUGCGCAGAUGGCGUACCCGUCCAUGGGCUCCUCGCACUCCCACUCGCAGGACCUCAGCAUCAGGCCGUCCCAGGACGCCUACCAAAUGUGACGGGAGAUGCCUUUGCCAGCCCCGCGCGUGACCUGAGGCUGAGAGCCACCCGACCCGAGUUUGUUUGUCCAGCUAGCCGGCCUAGCUAUCAAUCAUCUGACCGCCAACGGGACGGGCUGCAGAGGCCACAUGCACGAGCAAUAUGACCACUGAAGCUGCUGCUGCUGCUGCCCGUGCGUGCGUGCGUGCAGUGCACAGCUGGAGCCUUUAACUCCUCCCGUGCGCCGUGCGUGCGUGGCCGUGUGUAAAUCGAUCCAUGGAUCAUGGAUGGAUCGGUCGUGUUCUUGUUGUAUUCGGGGCUGGAACUGGAAAAAGGGGUCGAGCAGCCCCACGGGGUGAAAUGAAAUCCUGUGGCGUGGAAUGGACGGGAAUUGUGCUCUGUCUGCAUUUAUGUGUGGUGCACGAGGCGGUGGCAGUGGCAGCGGCUGAUGAAUUGCUGCUGCUGCUGCUGCAGGAUAUCU